AUAAAUGAAAAUGAACGAACAUGUUUAUCAGCACCCGGACUUUCCGAACGCAAAGUUCUAAUCUAAAACGCAUAUCGCGUGCAAAAGUUCAACAUGUUGUUUAUAUUUCAAUAUCUGUACUCAUAUCCGGUACAUUAGACUAAACUGCCGCGAACAUGGCUCGCUGGUGUUACUUGUUGCUGUUUAUAUUCAUCUUCAGCGAAGUCUCUUGUAAUGUUUUGCCAAACGAAAUGUGCAUCAAUUAUUACCGAACUGGCGAAGAUUUCGAUUUAAAACAAUUAGAAGGUAUCUGGUACGCCGUGUACUAUUGGCCGCCGAUUCGUGAACAACGGCACAGCUGCGCCGUCGUGGAUUUCAAGAGAUCGAGUCCGCCCGACGGAUGCAACGACAGAGUCGACAGCGACGCAACAUUUUUGAAGGCAAGCUACACGAACAGCACCGGAAAAAAGAUAGAUCUCUACUAUUACGGAGAUGAAGAGGUUAAACAUCAGAUGAGAGACUGCAAUCGUGUGUCCGAUUAUAUAUUUGUGGACGUUGAUGACGGAUACGUUAUGGGCAUUAAUUGUUCUAAUGGUGGAAGAGGUAUUCUGUUAGCGCGCGCUUUACCGACUAACGAAGAGGUUGAGGCGAUAGUGGAAGAUAUAGACAUUAUGACUGGACGGAAGGGCAGCCCUAAUUGUAAACUGCCGUGAAAUUUAUACUUGGGUUUAUAUAAAACUCUUCAAUAUAUUUUGUAACCUUUAUGCAUAUGAAAGCUUUGUAUUCAGAAAUACUUAAAUUACAAAUUUAUAAACAUAAGAUUAGUUAUAUUAUAUAACAUACUUUUGUAUAACUAAAUAAAAGAAUUUGCAAUUAUUAUUGUAUUAUUUUUAAAUAAAUGUGAGUUGAAAACUGAAUACCUUCACGAAAUCGCUUCCACAGUAUAUAA